AUGAAAAAAAUAAAUUAUCUUUUAUUUAUUUUUUUAAUAUUAUUUAAAUUUUGUGAAAUUGAAUGUACAACAAAUUAUGAAUUUUUAACACCCAAUAAUAAUCAAUAUCUAUAUCCAUCAUCAAGCGAAAAUACUCAAUGCGAAACAAAUGUAAUAUAUAUUUUAGUAAAUACAGAUGAUGCUCCAAUGGGACAAACUACUUUAGAAGGUCAGAGUUCACCUCCCGGACUUUUUACUUGUGAAAGAAAUUAUAUUUUUAAUGAUACAUCUGCAGUUUUUUCAAUAAAAUCCAAAAAAAUUGAUGUGGGUAAUCUUGGAAUUCCAUUUUAUUUAACCAAAAAUGGCAUACUUCCCUUUUCUUUUAUAACUGAUAUUACAUUUAAUUGUACUUUACCAAAUAUUGAAAGUUUAACAUUUAUACAAUCAGAAUUAAAAUAUGUAAAUUCAAAAUUUGAAUCAUUAUUUCAAAUUACAGGAUUUGGUGAAAUUUUUACACAAGUCAAAAAUAUAAAAGUCAAAUUUGGAAAUGAUAUUCCAACAACUUUCACAAAAUUAUCACAAUCACCUUAUUAUUUAUUAACGAUUGAAUAUCCAGAUAUUUCAAAGAAUAUAAUAUCAGAUUGGGUAGUUUCAGUUUAUUUUCAAAAUAAUGUUAAAAAUAUAAUAUUAACUACAAAUUUUGUUCAAGGCUCAGCUGGGUUAUUUAAUUUAAAUGUAUCUCCAAAAUCAAGUUCAAAAUUUGCAAUUUACACAAACCCAUCUAUGAAAUAUUUUUUAUUAUCUCAACCAGUAUCAGCAUUUUAUUUCUUGUAUGCUUUUUCAGGUAAUAAGCUUCAACCUCAACCAAUAUGCUCGCAUGGUACAAUUUCAAAUUCAACAUGUUUUAUGAAUUUUAGAAAUGAUAUUUUACUUUUCAAUUCACCAAAAACUCAACCUAAUAGUACAUCUUAUGGUUUAUUUAUACCAAAUGGUAAUAGUUAUACUUCAUUCUCUCAAGGUAGUUAUAAAUCAAAUGAAUUAUUAUUAAUUGGUUCAAGUGACUAUGACGAUUUAAGUUUUUUUAAUUAUAAUACUUUCUCUAUUCAUUUUAAUUCAAAUUAUUCAUCCAUUUCAAAUUGUCCUUCAAUUAUCUAUUUAAAAAUUUCUGAUGGUUUAUAUAUUAUAAAAGAAUUUGAAUUUCCAUAUGGUUAUAGUUGGGGUGAUUAUAAUAAUACUUCUUAUAGAAUCUCUCUCCCAUCAACUCCUUUUUUUUCAAUUAAUUUUAAUUUUACUUUAGAAACUAUCAAUCAAUUACAUAGUUUAAAUCAACAAAUUUUUUCAAAUGAUAUAUACCCACCAAAAAUUUUAAAUUAUAAUAUAGAAUUUUUACUUGGCACAACAGUUGGAAUAUCAUUAACAACUACAGAUUAUUAUAAUUCAACAGAACAAUCAACAGGUAUUAGAAUGAUUUAUAUUUGUAAAAAAGUUUUUAGUUUAGAAUCUUUAAUUUCAAAAGAAAAUAAUAUUGAAAAAUGGUUUUUAGUUCAUGAUACUUUAGAUUGUCCAUUUUAUUCAUCAGAUUUUUCAAUAUCUGUUAUUGAUUUUGCAGGAAAUUCAAAAAAAAUUAAAUUUGGUGAUUAUAUUGAAUCAAAUUUAACUUCAAAUAUUUUAUUCGUUUAUCCUCUUGAUAUUUUUUGGUCAGUUUAUGAUGAAAUGAAUGUAUCAUUUAAAUAUUCAAAUUUAAAUGUUACAAAUCAAUCAUUUAUAAAUAAGAUUAUUAUUAAUAUACCAAAACUAAAUAAUUUUGGAAAUAUUAUUGGACUUCCAUUUGAAAUUAAAUAUACAGAUUAUAGAAUUGAAAAAGGUAUUGCAUCAUAUAAUUCAAAAUCAAAAUUAUUUGAAGGUUUAUUUUUUGUACCUGCAAAUUUAAAAACUGGUCAAGUUUAUUAUGAAUUGAAAUUACCAACUUCAACUAUUGGUUUAUUAUAUAAAAGUGGUGCUAAUGGUAAUUUUAAUGUUACAUCAAAUGCAUUUGAUUCAUUUGGACCAACUAUAAAAUCAAUUAUUAAAUAUCCAAAUGAAUCAAAUUUAAUUAAUAGUAAUAGUUCAACAUUAAUUGGAUUUAAAAUUUUAGUUGAAGAACAAUUAAACGGAAUUGAUGAUGGUUAUGUAAUUAUUAGAGGAUCAAUUGAUAAAUCAAUUUAUAAUUUUUCAUUAUCAAUUUCAAAUGCUGUUAUUGGAGGUACACCAUUAUUAAGUGAAUAUGAAUUAUUUAUUGAUUUUAAUAGUUCAAUAUGUAUAAGUCAAAAUUAUACAAUAUCAGAGAUUUAUUUAAGAGAUACUCAAGGUUGGUCCACUAGUUUUAUUACAACACCAAAUCAACCGCCACAAUUCCAAGCUUUACAUCCAUUUAUUCAAAUGAAUAGUUGGCCUGAAAAAAUGUUAGAAAUACAAGUACUUUGUCAAACUAUACCAAUCGUUUAUGAAAAACAAAGUUUACUUGGCUUUAAUAUCACACCAAAAACUAUCAAUAUUUUUGGAUUACCAUCUGAAAGAACUGUGACCUAUGAUUUUAUAAUUGAAGAUUCCAAUGGUAUUAAAAAAGGACAAGAUGUUUAUAUUUAUGUUACUACAACUGAAUUAGAUGUAAUUAGAAAAAAAGCUACAAUCAUCAAGAUUUCAAAUACAUUCCAUCAUUUCCAAUGUAAUUUCACGUUUCCAUGGGGUUUUGGUGGUUUUAAUAAUAACUAUAGUAGUUCAAUUUAUGGUUUCAUUAAUAAUAAUGGUAAAUUUAAUGGUUUUUCUCAAAAAGAUAUUGGUGCCACCUUUACAGAUUAUGUUACUACUGGUAAAACAAUUAGUUUCCCAAGUAAUCCUAUAAUUUUAAGUACAUCUGGUGUUAUUGGUUCUGAUAGUAAUACUACAUUUAAUAUCAUUGGUAGAAACUUAUCAAAAGUUAAAAAAAUUAAAGCAAUCUACCAACAAAAUGAAUAUUACUUUCCAAUAAUUUCAAUAACAAGUCAAAAAAUAACAACAUCAAAUAAUGCAUCGUUACCUCAAAUGCAAUUAUCACUAGUAUAUGAUAAUGGUGCUGAUGUUGAUAUUACCUCUGAAUCUAUUAAUGUAGUUAGUGAACUAAUGUUAACACCAAAACAACCAUAUGUACCAAUAAUAACACCAACUCCUUCACCAACUCCUUCACCAACUCAACCACCAACUCAACCACCAACAAAUCCUCCUCAAAAAUGUUUAGGUACUCCAGAAUGUGGUGGUAUAUUACAAGGAUCAUGUAAAUCUGGUGGUUGUAUUUGUAUUUUACCAUGGACUGGUAAUGAUUGUUCAUCUAAAAUUAUUGAAGUUGAACCAAAAGUUGAUGAGAAUGAACCUUCUUCAUCAAUUAUUAUUGAUAAUAAUAAUAAUAAUAAUAAUAAUAAAACAACAUCAAGUUAUUCAGGUUCAAUUGCAAUAGUUUCAGUUAGAGAAAUUAAUUCAGCUAGUAAUGCAAUUAUUAAUGAAUUUCAAUUUAAAGAAUGGAAUAAAACUAUAUUAAGUGAUGAUGAUAUUUCAACUAAACAUUCCUAUUCUACGUCAUUUAAAAGAAAUUCAUCUUUAUUAAAUCCAACUAAUAUUACCACAAUUUUAGAAAUCUUUAAAAAAGAAACACCAAUUUCAUUUGCAAAUCAAAAUUUUACAAUGUUAAAAUCUUCAAUUAAAUAUACAAUCACUUUAGAUUCUUAUGAUUUUUCAACUAAGAUUUCAAAUCUUCAAGUGAUAAUGUCAGCAUCGAUUCAAUCAUCUCAAACUGAUGAUAUUUGUUCAAAGAAAGAAUUCGGUGAUUCAAUUUCAGAUUAUUCAAAUUAUGUUAAAAUUCAAGUUGAUACUUAUUCACUUUAUGGUAAAUUUAUAAAGAGAGGUAUUAUAGAUUCUGAAAUUAUUAAUAUUCAAAAUGAUUUAUUAGAUGAAUCAAUGAAUACAAUUUCAAAAUCAAAUUCUCAACAAUCUUUUAUUGGUAUAACAAUUCCAAUGUUUACUAAUACUGUACUUUUAGAUCCUGAUUUUUCAGUUUUAUUAGAUACUAGAAAUAAUGGUGAUGAGAAUUCAAUUUGUUCUAAAUCAAAAGAUUCAGGUUUAUCAAAAACUCAAUUAAUUGGUAUUAUUAUUGGUUCGGUUGUAUUUGGUAUUCUUAUUAUUAUUAUUGGUAUAUUAUUCGCUUCCAGAAAUUCAACAAAAGCAAAAAUUUUAGUUCAUAAAUUAAAAACUUUUAAAAAAUCAUAA